GUUCUCGUCGUGUAAAAUAAAGUAUUUUUACCGCGGCGGUAAAAAAAAUAAAUUCCUAUACUCUCACUGCACGCGGCGAUGCAAAACUUUCUCGCAAGAACCCUGCUUCUGCUGCUCGCCAGCAGCAGUGGCAAUGAGAAAACCGCCUUGGCCCUGGCAGCUGUCGUGAACGAACAGAAACAUCUCGGCGACGGCAUUUCCAUCCAGAGCAUCACCACGGAUGAUUGCUUCAACUGCAGCGGCGAUCCGAUUGUCAACUUGCGGUUGGUUUCGCGAAAGGAUCGCAACAAGGAGUAUCUGCUGAACCUGAAAAUCCCGACCUCUAUUACAGUGAAAAAUUUCCCCACCCCCAAAGUUGCAAAAAUUUGUGAUGCGAAGUUUCCAAAUGAAAACUUUUUGUCAUGCAUGAAAGGAGUAUGAAUCUUUCUGAUGCAGAUUCUAGGCGUGUAUCGCAUUGCUUGCAUGACAAGCGCCGCUCUUGCUGGGGUCCUUUGCAAUACAGAUUUUUGCUAUUCACGAUUGGAAACCUGUGAUGCUGAUAGAUGCACGAGGGCGAAUGUUUCAUUUGCAUAGGUUUGCAAUACAAAUCCUGCCAAGUUCGGGGAUGGGGCAUUUUUCAUUGUAAUAACCUCCGACCGAAAUCUAGAUGAUCUGGAUGAAGUCGAGACGCAGGCUAUCCUGAGUAAAAACGUGCCCACACCAGAGUUGUAAUGCAGAUUUGCAAAGACAGUAAGACUUGUAAUGCGCAUCCCCAUGAGAGCCAUUUCCAAGCGUGUUUUGGAAUUUGUGAUGCUGUGAACAGGAUGAGCAGAUGAAUCUGUGAUGCGGCUGCACUUGCUAACCUGCACUACACUGCGGAGUGCAACUUGUCAUGCGUGACUCCCAAAGCUCCUAGGUUUGUGUUGCAAAAUCCCCAUCCUGACUCUGGUGUGGGGACGUUUUUACUCAGGAUACAGGCGCCGGGAUCGGAGCAUGGGGACCUGGAGGGGGACCCCUGCAGAGAUGACCUGGAAGAAGAUGACGAGGAAGACGACG